ACUUAUAAAGACCAUAAAUGGCAAUGGAAUAAAUCUCUUAACGUUUAUUCAUUUCUAUAUCUACUAAAGAACCUUUAUUUCAUUUCCAUUACUACAUCUAUACAUAAAUGGCAAUGGAAUGCAUCACAGCUCUCCCUCAAAGAUUCAGUGAAAACAAAACCAAAGAGGAUCCUUCAAUCUUCGAUGCAAAUCUCCUGAACCAGCAGUCAAACCACAUACCUCAACAGUUCGUAUGGCCCGACCACGAGAAACCUUCCUCGGAUGUUCAACCUCUCCAAGUCCCUCUCGUAGACCUUGCCGGUUUCCUCUCUGGUGACCCGUUCUUAGUCUCGGAGGCUACUAGACUCGUCUCUGAGGCUUCAAAGAAACAUGGCUUCUUCCUAGUCACUAACCAUGGAGUUGAUGAGACGCUCUUGUCUCGUGCCCAUCUCUUUAUGGACUCUUUCUUUAAGGCUCCCGCUUGUGAGAAACAGAAGGCUAGGAGGAAGUGGGGCGAGAGCUCCGGUUACGCUAGUAGCUUCGUUGGGAGAUACUCCUCUAAGCUCCCGUGGAAGGAAACGCUGUCGUUUAAGUUCUCGCCCGAGGAGAAGUGCCAUUCCCAAAACAUCAAAGACUUUGUUUCUGAAAAAAUGGGAGAUGGAUAUGACGAUUUCGGAAAGGUUUAUCAAGAAUAUGCUGAGGCCAUGAACAUUCUCUCACUAAAGAUCAUGGAGCUGCUUGGAAUGUGUCUUGGGAUCGAGAGGAGACAUUUUAGAGACUUUUUUGAAGACAAUGAGUCAAUAUUAAGGUUGAAUUACUAUCCGCAGUGCAAGCAACCGGAGCUUGCAUUAGGGACAGGACCUCACUGCGACCCAACAUCUCUAACCAUACUUCAUCAAGACCAAGUCGAUGGUCUUGAAGUUUUCGUGGACAACAAAUGGCAAUCCAUUCCUCCUAACCCUCAAUCAGUCGUUGUCAACAUAGGCGACACUUUCAUGGCGUUAACAAAUGGUAUAUACAAGAGUUGUUUGCAUCGGGCGGUGGUGAACAGCGAGAAGGAUAGGAAAACAUUGGCAUUCUUCCUAUGUCCGAAAAAAGACAAAGUAGUGAAGCCACCAGAAGAACUAGUAAGAGUGAUGUCUGGUGAAAGAGAGUAUCCUGAUUUUACAUGGUCUAUGUUUCUUGAGUUCACACAGAAGCAUUAUAGAUCAGACAUGAACACUCUUGAAGAGUUCUCAAAUUGGCUUAAGAACAGAAGAAGUUUCUAAAAUAAGGAGACAAUGAUGUGGUCCAGAAGACUUGUAGAUUCUUAAGAGACAGUAGAGAUCACUCUGAUAAGGAGCCUUUUGUCUUUUGUUUUGAUUAUUUAUUAGCUUGUUUUUAUGGUGGUUGGUGUAAGAUAAAAUUUGCAAAUAAAUAAAUAUAUGUACUUCA